AUGGACAAUGAGGGGAGAUCUUGCGUUUAUGGACUGAGACACCAAGCAAGGUGCCUUACAGCGGUUACUGCUGAAACAGAACAGAAUAAAUUUCUUGUAGGAUCUCAAACUCUUAAACGUGAUAAUGAGAUUCACCUAAUUAACUUUCAUGAAGACGAGUUCGAAAUAACCAGUACAAUUUAUCAGCAUUCGGAAGAAGUGUGGGACAUUGCUGCAUGUCCCGCGAAAAGUGAUCUUUUUUUUACGUGUUAUAAAAAAUUUGAUUCAAUAUCAUCCCACACAAAGGCUAAAUUAUGGCGAAUGAACAAUUCAGAUGUGAUUUCGGAAGACUUUGAAAAAAGACCUCGUCCUCUGAGAAGCGCAUCGCAUUUGCCAUUGGAAUGUAUUUUUGAAGUCAAAGAGGACGAUACGAUUAAAAAAGUUUUGUGGGAUCCCAAGAAAGAUCUGACAAAAUUCGUGUCUAUUCAUGACUCUUCAUUGCGUAUUUGGGAGUUUGACGAACAGAUGACGUCAGCAAAGACCUCUCACACAGUUGAUUUCUCUUCAACAAAUGAAUCUUUACCUCCAUUAACAACUGGAGUAUGGAAUCCACAUCAACCAGAAGUUGCCAUUGGUAAGGAAUGUUCUGUGCAAGGUUUGGACCUACGAUCACAAAGUUUAAUAAUCGACAUUAUUCAAAAUUAUUUUUUUUUAAGUCAAACGUUCAACAUCAAUGGUGCACAUUCUGUACUUGUUCGUGCGUUAGAUUACAAUCCGAAUAAGCCAUAUCAAAUUGCAUCAGCAGGUGACGAUUGUAAGAUCAGAUUUUGGGAUCUUAGAAAUACUACAAAUAGUCUUAAACAAAUUUCUGACCAUACGCAUUGGGUGUGGGCCAUCGCGUAUAAUCGAUUUCACGAUCAGCUUUUUUUAAGUUCGAGCUCUGAUUGUCAAGUAAAUCUUCAAAGUAUUGUCUCUAUUUCUUCUGGCGCGUUUCAAUAUGAUGAACGCGAAAAUGACGAUGGAUCAGAAUAUGAUUACCAUGAUCAAUUAGGAAAGCCAACUGAUGGACUAGUGAGAGCUUACGAUCAACAUGAAGAUAGCGUGUACGCAGUUGCUUGGAGCACUUGUGACCCAUGGACGGCCAUUAGUGCCGUUAUUCGAAAAAAACUUCAAGGAUAUGUAGGAUUUGCCAACCUUCCAAACCAAGUGCAUAGGAAAUCCGUGAAAAAAGGAUUCCAUUUCACGGUUAUGAUAGUUGGUGAAUCCGGUCUAGGAAAAUCAACUCUAGUCAAUACUUUGUUCGGCACUACACUUUACCCCAAUAAAGGUGAAGCAGAACCAUCAGAUGAAACACCAAAAACUGUAGAAAUCCAAUCUCUAAGUGCAGACAUUGAAGAAAAUGGUGUUAAAUUAAGGCUCACAGUCGUUGAUACUCCUGGAUUUGCCCGUUUUGAUGCAUACCUCGAACAAGAAAACCGUGUGAAUCGUCGUAAGAUGGUUGAUAAUCGCGUCCAUGCUUGCAUUUAUUUCAUUGCUCCUACCGGUCAUUCGCUCAAACCUUUGGAUGUUGAAUUCAUGCGACGGCUGCAUACCAAAGUCAAUCUCAUUCCAGUAAUUGCAAAGUCAGAUACGUUGACUGAAGAUGAAAUCAAACAAUUUAAGCAACGUAUUCUAGACGAUAUUGCUUAUCAUAAGAUUCAAAUCUACCAAGCACCACAAUAUGAAUAUGAUGAUCAAGAAACUUUAGCCGAAAACCGUGAAAUAAUAAGCAAGAUUCCAUUUGCCAUUGUCGGUAGUGACAAGGAAGUCGAACUUCCUGACGGACGUCGCGUGCGUGGACGCAAAUACCCAUGGGGUGUCAUUGAAGUCGAUAACGAAGAGCACAAUGACUUUGUAAAACUUCGACAAAUGCUCAUUCGAACUCAUAUGGAAGAACUUAAGGAACACACUAAUGAUGUACUCUACGAGAAUUAUCGAUCCGAAAAACUUGUCACCAUGGGUGUACAACAAGAUCAAACCGUUUUCAAGGAGGUAAAUCCACUUGCCAAGAUGGAAGAAGAACGAGCACUUCAUGAGGCUAAGCUACAAAAGAUGGAGGCAGAAAUGAAAAUGGUAUUCCAGCAAAAAGUCCAGGAGAAAGAGGCUAAAUUGAAACAAUCCGAAGAAGAAUUAUAUGCUCGUCACAAGGAGAUGAAGGAUGCCCUGGAGAAACAACGUCUAGAAUUAGAAGAAAAAAAGAAACGAUUGGAGACGGGUAGACCGAUUACCCCCGAAAAGGCAAAGAAAAAAGGAUUCUCGUUUAAUAACAAAUAA